GACCAGGCGUCGCUAGCAGCUAACUCGCCUCCACCCCCUGCUCGUUUUCCCGCUCGAUAUGUGAGUGCGGUUAUGUGCUGUAGCCUGUCGUCGCACCAUGCCGUACCGCACAUACAUAUGUAUGUACAUACCCAAUCUCGUCCGUGAAUGCUACAGUGGAAAUAUGUACUUGCCGUUUAUACGAGUACAUCGCGGAGCUGUAGGUAGCUAAAAGUCAGCCCUAAUGAUUUAGGGUAGAUGCGCGGUAAGGGCUGUGCGCGGUGCAUGCGCAAUGUAAGAUUGAUUUUCAGAUCAACGGUGACCCUAUCCAUCCUCGAGAUGGGGGUUUUCUUUGCCUGUACGAGCGGGGAGGGGGGGAGGGGUCAUGUUCACUGCCGGAUCCUGUAUACAUACACAUACCUGCGAUCUUGGGGGCGUACAUACAUCAGGUGCUUACCUACCUACCUAUGUAGAUAUACCCGUGCCCGGAGCCUGCGAUUCUUCGACGCUGGGCCUGGUUGCCGUCGUUGUCUUAGUGUACACACCGAGCCGGUGGAUAGGAGGAACACACGUACAAGGACGGGCGGACGGACGGACGAGUCUUUUACCAUCACCGGCUUCCCUCCCCGUUGAGAUCCUUGUCUGCAAUCGUAGUCUGGCAUGGCAGCACCCACUCGG